GUCUAUUGGCGGGCGACUGGGUCCGACCGGAAAUCAAAAGCACAGCUUUCGAGAAAACGAGAGCGGCAGAGAGAGGUGUGCACGCGCCGUUUUAUUAUCUUAUGCCGGCGUGCUUCAGUAGAGACUGAUCUGAAACUGAUCAUCCUGGAUCUUUCCACAAUCCAAGCAAAACUCAAAGGACCCAUGGCCAUGCAAGGCAACAAGCGAGCUGCUGAAGGUUCACCUACAUCAGACAAUCGGCAGUCUACGAGUGAUACGAGUAAUUACUCUAGAAAUGCCAGUGCAAGUAAUGAGCCUGAUGGCAUUCGGGAGGCCAGGAACUUGCUUGAACAAAUCUUCACCGACAUAGACAAAAUGCCACAGUCAGAGGAAGGCAUGGCGUUUAUUAAUGACCUCAAGAAAAAAAAGGAAGCCAUGGAGGGUCUUUACAAGGAGAAAUUUGUCGUGACCGUAUUGGGGAGAACGGGAGCCGGCAAGAGCUCCCUGCUGAAUGCCAUCUUGGGAGAGAAGAAGCUGCUGCCGUGUUGUACUAUCAACGCAUGCACUUCAGUCAUCAUACAGCUGGAAGCCAACAUGGCCAAUUCCAAAUACGAGGCAGAGAUUGAAUUCAUACCUGAAGCGGACUGGAGGCAGGAGCUACAGUCUAUCGAUGAGCUGUUAUCUGAUGAGAAGGAUAUGGAUAAGCAGACAGCAGAGAUGCUAAAAAGUAAAAUCCGGGCUCUGUAUGGGAACGAUGGAGUUGGUAAAAAUGUAGAAAUCUUGAUGGAGAUGCAGAACUUCAGCCAUCUUUUUGAAGCUGGGAAAGAAUAUCUGUCAUCUGACAACGUAUCGGAGUUCUCUGCCCAAAUUAAAAAUUUUGUAUACGGUGGAACCAGCAUUAAAAGGGGAUAUACGACACAAUACUGGCCUCUAGUAAAAUGUGUGAUCAUCAAAGUGCCCAAUGCUCAAGACCUCCUGGGAAACCUUGUCUUGGUGGACGUUCCAGGAUCAGGGGACUGGAACAAGGCCCGGGACAAGAUGUGGGAAGCGAGCAUCUGUAGUUGUUCCUCUGUGUGGGUUGUAGCAGACAUUGACCGCGCUGCCGCAGACAGAGAUGCGUGGAACAUCUUGGACAGCAGCAUCAACUACCUUGGACCCAAUGGACAGUGUCAAAGUAUUUCUUUCAUCUGCACCAAAACAGACAACAUCAGCAGCUCAUAUGAACUAGAAGAUGAGGACUGUGUUACAGACGGAGAGGCCACAUCUGCCCAAACGAGAGAGCAGUGGAAAAGAGCUUGCAUUUUGGACAGAAACAUACGAGCGAAGAAGAUCAUUGAAGAUGAUGUGUGUGACCAGUAUGAGCAACUUGGGAAAAUUGAGGUGUUCACUGUGAGUGCUGAGGAAUUCCGGAAACCUGAUUCAGUCCUGAGACCCGAGGAAACCGAGAUUCCCCAGCUGAGAGCCCUGCUGAAAAAACUAAAUGCCGAACAGUCAGACAAACGGACAAAAAGCUACAUUCUCGAUGCUUUUGGAAUCAUCUCACUGAUAAGAGUGAAAAACUCUGCUCAAAAAAAGACUAUUUUGGAAAUGGAGCAAACCUUUGCAAGGAUUCUGGAACCAGAGCUACAAAUCAUAAGGCAAUUUAUGUUAAACACCAAGGAGACCUUUGAUAACAUCCUUAAACUGGCAACAGCCAAAUCAGCGAACUUAUGUGCGGAGAGGAUGUUGAACGUGAUUGCACCGGCUGGAACUUGGAUGGGGUAUCACCAGACACUGAAAUCUGCAUGCAGGAAUGGUGGAUUUCGCAGGUCAAAAAAUGGGGGCAUCACAGAGCUGAAUUUCACUUUGGCCACAACUAUGUAUGACGCAAUCUGUGAGACGUUCCAUGAGGUGUUUUCAAUGGGGGUGAAUAAGAAAUCCCUCUUUAAAAAGAUUGAGGACUUCAACAUCAUCUCAGAUUCACUGCAAAAUUGCAUGUCUCAACAACAUGUGGAUUUCAUCAAAACUCAGGUUUGUUGA